GUCGCCAUUCCCAGAGCAGCUCGGCCUCGGCCUAGAGGCGAGUGUCGGUCGCUGUGUCGGAGACACCCGUCCCCGACAUCAAGACAGCCAGCCCUCUCUCCUGCCCCGCGGCGGGAGAGCGUGUCCGGCCGGCCGGCGGGGCUCGCGCACCUUCCCUCGCCUCCCCUUCCCCCGCAGCCUCCGCCCCGCCAGGCCCGGCCCGGACUUCCGAGCCCCGGCCUCCUCUUCUCUCUCGGUCACCGCCACCGCCGGGCUCGACAGCCCCGCCUGCUGCUUCUCCUCCCAUUUUGAGAAGCUGAGGAAGGACACCGGGAAAAAUGUCGCCAUGAAGACCGAGAACCGCUGCCGCCGCCGACCCCCGCCGGCCCUGAACGCCAUGAGCCUGGGUCCCCGCCGCGCCCGCUCCGCUCCGACCGCCGUCGCCGCCGAGGCCCCUGUUGAUGCCGCAGAGCUCCCCCAACGCCGCCGCCACCGCCUCCGACAUGGACAAGAACAGCGGCUCCAACAGCUCUUCCGCCUCUUCGGGCAGCAGCAAAGGGCAACAGCCGCCCCGCUCCGCCUCGGCCGGGCCAGCCGGCGAGUCUAAACCCAAAAGCGAUGGAAAGAACUCAAGUGGAUCCAAGCGUUAUAAUCGCAAGCGUGAACCUUCCUACCCCAAAAAUGAAAAUUUUAGCAACCAUUCCCGUCGCUCCAAUUCACAGAAAAGCAAAACUUUUAACAAGAUGCCUCCUCAAAGGGGCGGCGGCAGCAGCAAACUAUUUAGUUCUUCUUUUAAUGGUGGAAGACGAGAUGAGGUAGCAGAGGCUCAACGGGCAGAGUUUAGCCCUGCCCAGUUCUCUGGCCCUAAGAAGAUCAACCUGAACCACUUGUUGAAUUUCACUUUUGAACCCCGUGGCCAGGCAGGUCACUUUGAAGGCAGUGGACAUGGCAGCUGGGGAAAAAGGAACAAGUGGGGACAUAAGCCUUUUAACAAGGAACUUUUUUUACAGGCCAACUGCCAAUUUGUGGUGUCUGAAGACCAAGACUAUACAGCUCAUUUUGCUGAUCCUGACACCUUAGUUAACUGGGACUUUGUGGAACAAGUGCGCAUCUGUAGCCAUGAAGUGCCAUCUUGCCCAAUAUGCCUCUAUCCACCUACUGCAGCCAAGAUAACCCGCUGUGGACACAUCUUCUGCUGGGCAUGCAUCCUACACUAUCUUUCACUGAGUGAGAAAACCUGGAGUAAAUGUCCCAUCUGUUACAGUUCUGUGCGUAAGAAGGAUCUCAAGAGUGUUGUUGCCACAGAAUCACGUCAGUAUGUUGUUGGUGAUACCAUUACAAUGCAGCUGAUGAAGAGGGAAAAAGGAGUAUUGGUGGCCUUGCCCAAAUCCAAGUGGAUGAAUGUUGAUCAUCCUAUUCAUCUAGGAGAUGAACAGCACAGCCAGUACUCUAAGUUGCUGCUGGCCUCUAAAGAGCAGGUUCUGCACCGGGUAGUUCUGGAAGAAAAAGUAGCAUUGGAGCAGCAACUGGCAGAGGAGAAGCACACUCCCGAGUCCUGCUUUAUUGAGGCAGCUAUCCAGGAGCUCAAGACUCGGGAAGAGGCUCUGUCAGGACUGGCUGAAAGCAGAGGGCAGGUCACUGGUGCUGUGGCUGCUCUGGAACAACUGGUGCUGAUGGCUCCCUUGGCAAAGGGGUCCGUUUUCCAACCCAGGAAGGGCUUGCAGGACUGUCUGUCUGCUUUUGAUGAAGAAACCACAGAAGUUUGUUCUCCGGACUCUUCUCGUCCUCUUGCUCUCCCCCUGGUAGAGGAAGAGGAAGCAGUGUCUGAACCGGAACCUGAAGGAUUGUCAGAGGCCUGUGAUGACUCAGAGUUAGCAGAUGACAAUCUUGGGGACAGGACCCUUUGUAUUGAGUCUACCCAGCAGGAACCCAUCACUAAACAAGGCUUCACAAACCUGAGCAGCUCUCCUUGUUACUACUUUUACCAAGCGGAGGAUGGACAACACAUGUUCCUGCACCCUGUGAAUGUGCGCUGCCUCGUACGGGAAUAUGGCAGCCUGGAACAGAGUCCAGAGAAGAUCUCAGCAACUGUGGUGGAGAUCGCUGGGUACUCCAUGUCUGAGGAUGUUAGACAGCGUCAUAGGUAUCUCUCUCACUUGCCACUCACCUGUGAGUUUAGCAUCUGUGAACUGGCUCUGCAGCCUCCUGUGGUCUCUAAGGAAACCCUAGAGAUAUUCUCAGAUGACAUUGAGAAGAGGAAGCGUCAGCGGCAGAAGAAGGCUCGAGAGGAACGCCGCCGAGAGCGCAGGAUUGAAAUGGAGGAGAACAAGAAACAGGGCAAGUACCCUGAAGUCCACAUUCCCCUAGAGAAUCUACAGCAGUUUCCUGCCUUCAAUUCCUAUACCUGCUCCUCCGAUUCUGAGCACGAGGACCAUGGAGCCCUCUCCCUGUCCCCUAUUAGCAGAAGUCCAGGUUCCCAUGCAGACUUUCUGCUGACCUCUCUGUCACCCACUGCCGGGCAGGGCAGUCCCUCAUUCUGCGUUGGGAGUCUGGAAGAAGACUCUCCUUUCCCUUCCUUUGCCCAGAUGCUGAGGGUUGGAAAAGCAAAAGCAGAUGUGUGGCCCAAAACUGCUCCAAAGAAGGAUGAGAACAGCUUGGUUCCUCCUGCCCCUGUGGACAGUGAUGGAGAGAGUGAUAACUCCGACCGUGUUCCUGUGCCGAGUUUCCAAAAUUCUUUCAGCCAAGCUAUUGAAGCAGCCUUCAUGAAACUGGACGCGCCACCUACUUCAGAUCCCCUCUCUGAAGAGAAAGGAGGAAAGAAAAGGAAAAAACAGAAGCAGAAGCUCCUUUUCAGCACCUCAGUCGUCCACACCAAGUGACACUACUUGCCCAGGCUACCUUCUCCAUCUGUUUUUUUUUCCCCCCACUGUGCUUUUGUUUUGCUGCUGUAAUUUUUAAUUAUUUGAGUUUGAACAGAUUAGCUUGGGGCGGGGGGAGGGGGUUUCCACAAUGAGGGGGAAACCAAGAAAAUUUUAAAUACAGUGUAUUUUCCAGCUUCCUGUCUUUACACCAAAAUAAAGUAUUGACACUCACAAGAGAUCUCUUCCGCCAAGGUUUUUAGUUUAUUGCCAGGUUAGUCUUUUCACCCAUGUGUAAUUAAUUUUCUCAACCCAAAAUAAGUAUCUUCAGCAUCCCUCACAGCAACUAAACCGGCGGGGCACAGCACUACUCUGCUGUGGCAUCCUGUCCACCUAGGUCUCUUGGCACACCUAUCAGUUUGUCUUGUAAAAGUAGUUCAGUCUUUCCUACCUAUUCAGUUCUCCUUGUCAAAAGAAAUAGAGGAAUGGAAAUAAAAUGGACUUAGGACAUCUAGCUUGAAGUUUUCCUUCUGACAAAUGGCUAUGCUGUGGCCAAACCUGGGUUGCCAACUAGAUGGGUUGGUUGGUUUGUCCUUGGCACUUGCAUGUUGUGUUUCUUUUGUUUGACAGGACUGGGGUUUGAACUCAGGGCUUUGUGCUGGCAAAGUGGGUGCUCUACUACUUGA